GUUUUGGUUUGGCAGCUGUGUGGUGAACCGAAGGAGUGAGGUGACCGCACCAAACUUAGGACAUGUCCAAGAAGUCUAAGAAGAGGAAACAUAGAAGGCAUUCCACAUCUUCAAGUGAGGAUGAUUAUGCAAAAACCUCAACGAGCAAAACUGAAAGAGCUAAGAGGAAAUGUUCCCGGCCCCACAGUAAAGAGAGGAAUGAUGUCCCAGCACAUAGAACCAAAGACGACCGCAGAUCUCGAAAAGAUGAGGCUGAAAGCAAACGUCAAAUUAAAAAGCCCGUGUCUACGCUGGAAAACGCAAGAUCCACUAGAAGAGAGAGGGAGAGAAGAGAGUCCCCCAUUUUUAAGGAUGAAGAAAGUAAAAAGAGUAAAAAUCCUGAAAGGAAGUCAUCCAAAGACAGUUCUCAUAAAUCAUCUUCUCAGGAUAAGCUUAUAGCACAGAAAAGGAACAUUUUUACACCAAGAUCAGUUUCUGUUGCUCAAAAAGUACAAGGCCAGACUGAAUCGUCACGAAAAAGAAGAUGGGAUGUUUUACCGACCACCUCUGAGGCAAAAAUGCCCCUGCUUGUCCCCAAAGAUACAACUACUCUUGUGAAAAAUGAGCCGGAAAAACAAAAAUAUGCUCAACCACAACAAGACGAUUUAAAGACCAAACUGAAAAGUCAAAUAUUUGGUGUUGCUACCUCAAAGGCGACAACUACAACUGCAAAAACUAGCCAUAAAACUACAUAUGUUUUGCCAGAGCAGCAAUGCAAGAUCCUAAAACCAACCCCCAUUGUCCUUGAUCAGCCUUUCUCUAAAACAACUGUUGUGGCUGAAAAAUUAGUAAAGGACCAUAGAAUCUCGCUGUCGUCCAGUAGCAAAACAAAACGUCAAGUGUCAAAUCAAAAUGUUACAAAACAUGAUUCCAAGUCAUCUUUUUGUAAUAGCUUUUUACCUGUGGACCCCUCACCAUCUCAAACCCCUAAUUUACUUUUAAACUUCAAAAUUCCUGCCAUCAGUGCUACAACUGUUGUAGAGUCGAAAUUAGCAAAAGACAAAAAUAAAACUAUAUCCAUAAAAAGUGAUGAUAAAGCUUUACCUGUACACCGUGCAGACCAAUUGCCAUGUAAAACUACUACUAAAACUACUACAGAGACAGCCACAGCUGCAAAAUCUAGUAUUAAAACAAGUACUGAAGUGUCACGAGCACAGCAGCGAAAGACUCCAAAAGAAACCAGUAUUGUCCCUUCUCUGCCACCCCCUGGACGUUUGAACUUUAAAAUCCCCAAAAAGACAAUUGUAGCAGAAACUUCAAUAAAAGACAAUGUAACUCUACCGAUACAGAGAGAUCGUACCUCUUCAAAGUCGGCAUCAUCAGUUAUGAAGCAAUCCACGCAUUCGUCCACUAGCAUGGCAAUAUCCGCUAUUCAAAAUGUCCAAAAUCAAGAUCCCUGGCCCUCUGCUGCGAACACUUUUUCUUCUCAUGUUGACCCAUCACCGUGGCAAGAUGAGAUGCAGGUGGCUGAAGGGCUGCACCAGGCUCGCUCUGAAAAACUCCUGGAGGUGGAUGUGAUGCAAAGCUAUGGGGAGCUCACCUGCAUGGAGAUAGACCCACCAGAAGAGGGCGCCACACAUACAAAAUGCAAACCUCUACCUCAGCAGGACAUGAUUAUAGUGCUGGAUACCAAUAUUCUCCUCAGUCAUCUGGAUUAUGUAAAAAAGAUUGUGACUCGUGGUUUAAAAGGGGUGGGCAUCCCGGUGGUCCUCAUUCCUUGGGUGGUACUUCAGGAGCUGGACUCACUUAAAAAGGGACGUGGCCUGUCUGGGUCUGUGGCUCACCUGGCCAUACCUGCGAUUUCCUAUAUCUGCAAUUGUUUAAAGGGCAAAGAGAGCCACCUGCGGGGCCAGUCUAUGCAGCAGGCCGCAGACAGCACCAAUGGUCUCAACGCAGAGAAUAAUGACGACCGCGUUCUGCAGUGCUGCCUGCAGUACCAGCGAUUGCAUCCAGAGUGCGCUGUCAUCUUGUGCACCAAUGAUAAGAAUUUAUGCAGCAAGGCUCUGCUGAGUGGAGUUCAAGCUUUCAGCAAGAAUGACCUGGAGUUCGAGGUUGCCAGAUCCAGUGUUGGUUUUCCUUUCCUGCAAAAUGUCCAGAUUUCCACCCCAGCUCAGCCUCACAGACACAGCAUUUCAACACUAGCACCUGGCAACAUUCAUGCACAAGCACAGGAUGUACACAGUCAAGAAUCAACUGGCCUCUCAGUGAAGAAAGACAACAAACAGCUAAGCAAAAACACUGAUGCCAGGAGAAGGAGCUGUCACCUGAGUGGACUUGUGUGUGAGUUUGAAAGCUGCCUGCAAGAGGCACUGUCGGACGUGUUAGAAGCAGAGAUGAAGGCUGCAUUCAGUGACCUCUGGCAGGAGAUUGUUUACAUAAAACCUCCAUGGUCUCUAAACGACGUCCUGCAGUGUCUGAACAAACACUGGAUCGCUGUUUUUGGACUUGUGGUGCCACGGGCCAAACAGCAGAACGUCCAAAACCUCAUGAAAUUUUUCUCAGGUAAAGAUGUGGACCAGAAUUCUACUUUAGCAGCGCUGCUUGAUGCUAAGGAUCUAUUAAAAGAAUUUUUGAAAAGUUCAAGUCGUGUUCCUGGUUCUAUUUCUGUCGUCAACAACAUCUUAAACUCCCUUCAACCGCAGGGAGAAGCUGCAGCAGAUGAUGUGGUUAUGAAUGAAGCAGAGGAGGACAAACGACCUGCGUCACCUCAGGUCUCUCCCAGUGAAGUUUGGGCCCUCUUUGAGAACAUUUGGGAGCAUGUUUUUCAAGCAAGCCUGAAUGUGUUCAAAGCUCUGGACUUUGAUCCAAACGGCCCUGUGAGUGCACCCCCUGCUGGACGUCCCCCGCCGCCACCUGACGUCCUGCUGUGCCUGGACCGACUCAUGUGCACCGUCUCACAGCUGCUGCAGGGCUUCAGCAGUGUGUUGACAUCUCCGGGUUUAGUUGAAGCGCAGAAUCUGCUCAGUCUUGUGCAAUUCAUUCAGAUUGUUGAUGCAGACAAACUGACAGCCACACAUCUUCUGAAUUGCUUCUCACAACAAGAUUACAGAGAGAAGCUGAUGGUCGGAGGAAACCAGCUGAUGGAGGUUCGGGCUGCUCUGGAUCGCUGUAUGGAGGUCACAGGUCGUCACGUGUCCUACGCCGCACAGCACUGACAGUCUACAGCAGAGACGCUCAAAUAAUAUACUUGAAUGUAACUCCUCUAAUGCGCCUUCUUUGAGUCAAGCUGUUUACAUUUUAUACACAUAUUUAUAUAUUUUGGAAUAAACCAGAGGUGGGUAGUUACAUUUACUUGAGCAACUUUUUAAUACAAUUGUACUUCUCAGAGUACUUUCCUGGCAGCAUAUUUUUACUCCUACUUGAGUAGUAUUUUUAUUGACGUAACACUACCCUUACUUGAAUAAAAGUUGUGGUUACUCCUCCCACUGUAAGUCUACAAAUGACAAAAGCUUUAUAUUGACAAUGCUUAAUAAUUUUAAGGACCCGCUGGAGGGACUAUGUCUCUCUGGCCUGGGAACGCCUUGGGGUCCCACCGGAGGAGCUGGAGGACGUGUCCGGGGUGAGGGAAGUCUGGGAGUCCCUGCUUAGACUGCUGCCCCCGCGACCCGGCCCCGGAUAAGCGGAAGAAAAUGGAUGGAUGGAUGGAUGGAUGGUGUUUUUUGCACUGCUCCUUCAGAUAUCAUUUAAGUUUGUGUUUUUCUCCUUUUUGUGGUCCAUCCUUUGAAAAUACCACAGGAGGACUUUUUUAUGUUUUUUCCUUCCAAUUCCAUUACCAUUACCAAUUCCAUUUUACAGUUACCUUUACAAAUACUUUUGCUUGAGUAGUACGCUCUCCAAAUACUUUUUCACUGUUGAGUCAUUUCUUGGACCACUAUUUUGUACUUCUACCUGAGUAAUAUUAUUUAUGAAGUAACGGUACUCUAACUUGAGUACAAUUUCUCUACCCACCUCUGAUUAAAAAACGUGUUGCGUUUUUUGAGAAAUGUUUGGUUCGUUCACAGUAUUAGAUUUUAUAUAUUAUUGUUUUAUUAUUCUAAUUUAAUUUGAAUCUUUUUUUAAGAUUUAUAAAGAUAUUGUAGCAUCUUAAUUAUUUUACACUGUUCAUAAAUAUUUGUUAAAGAUUUUAAAAGGGCUUUAGUACAAAUAUUUACGUUACAAAGUCAAGGGUGUGAAAUGGUUUAAAAUUGGCAUCUUAAACUGCCUGAUUUUUUAAUUUUUUUUUUUUUUUUUGUUUCUUGAGCCCCACUUUAAUAAUUAGCCAUGCAUAUAACAUUCCCCUUUACCAUAGUCAAGUCUUAAUGUACCCAGCCAAUUCAACUCAUUUUAAUUCAGUCUAAUAAAUGAUCUAAUAAUCUAAUAUA